GGUGGGGCGGGCUGGCAGUGCGAGCAGACCAGUCAGAGUUGAGGAUGGCAGCGAGUAGCCCCCCGCUGCUGGUCUGAGAGGCCUGGGGCUCUGGAGCCCUGACCUCCCCUGAAGAACUGGAACACAAGUUGCAGGUGUUCUUCCAGAGCCUGAAGAGGUCCGGCGACCGGGAGCGUGAGGUUGACCAGGAGCCGGGCAGCCCGCCCCGCUUCCUGCCGCUCAUCUGCCGGGAGGAUGUCAGGAGACCAAGUCAGCUGGAAAGAUGGUCUUUCAAACAGAAAUGUUCUAGCCUCAACUCAAACCAAAGAAGGUCUGAACCUCAUGUUGAUAAGUGGAGAUGUUUUAUAUUUCUGUGCCGAUGUCAUUGUCAACACUGUUCCCACGGAUCUUCAGCUUGGAGGAGGAUCACUAUCUCGGGCUCUUUUGCAGAAAGCUGGUCCCAUGCUCCAGAAAGAGUUAGAUGCCACCAGAGAGGAAACAGAGGAGGAAGUGGGUAGCAUAUUCAUGACAAGUGGCUGCAAUCUGGACUGUAAAGCUGUGCUCCAUGUUGUGGCUCCAGACUGGAAUAAUGGAGCUGGGUCUUCUUGGCAGAUCAUGGCAAAUAUAAUCAAAAAAUGUUUGACAACUGCAGAACAACUAUCUUUCUCAUCAAUCACAUUUCCCAUGAUUGGAACAGGAAAUUUGGGAUUCCCCAAAGCUGUUUUUGCUAAACUAAUCCUUUUAGAAGUGUUCAAAUUCAGUAACAGUACAUGGAUGAAAAUCUUACAAGAAGUUCACUUUCUGGUACAUUUAGAUGAUGAUGAAGGCUGUCAGGCAUUUUUAGAUCUAUUCACUAGACGGUUGAGCAGAAAUCCCAAGAAAGACAGGAUUCUCAGGGUUGGAGAUACCCAAGGUGUCUUCAAGACUCUCACUAACCAUAAGUUCACAACGUAUGAAAUGAGAAUUGGGGCGAUUACUUUCCAGGUUGCUAUUGGAGAUAUCACCAACGAAAGCGCAGAUGUUAUUGUAAAUUCAACAACAAGGAUGUUUAAUCUAAAAUCAGGGGUGUCAAAAGCAAUUUUAGAAGGCGCUGGACAAGCUGUGGAAGAUGAAUGUGCUGUACUAGCUACACAGCCUCACAGAGAUUAUAUAAUUACACAAGGUGGAUGCUUAAUGUGCAAGAUAAUAAUUCAUGUUCUUGGGGAAAACGAUGUCAAAGAAACGGUUUGCUGUGUUCUAGAAGAGUGUGAACAGAGGAAAUACACUUCUGUUUCCCUUCCCGCCAUUGGAACAGGAAAUGCUGGAAAAAACCCAACCAGAGUUGCUGAUGACAUAAUCAAUGCUAUUGUAGACUUUGCACAGAAACAUUCUACCCCAUCAUUACAAAAAGUUAAAGUCGUCGUCCUUGCAUCUGAACUGCUAAAUGCUUUCUGCGACAUCAUGAAGAAAAGAGAAAUCUCCAUGUCACCUAUUCUCCAAUGUAUGUUCUCCGAGACUGCUUUUUCAGGACUUUACAAACAACCUCCUAUAAUGCAUGGGAUAAGUACAAGAACUGUGGAACACAAUCUCCUGUCAACUGAUUAUUCUUCUGAGGGACAAAAUUACGCUCAAGAAACAAGAAUAGCAGAUGAACAGGAAGAGGAUAGAAGAGAUGAUAUUCCUGAAAACUGGACUGACAUGAAUCAGCGGCUGACCUGUGUGAUCCAGCUACAACCUGGACAGUCAGAAUAUAACAUGGUGAAGGACAAGUUCUUUCAGACUUGUCAUUCUUACAGAAUAGAGAAGAUUGAGAGGAUACAGAAUGAAUUUCUCUGGCAGAGCUACCAGAUAAAGAAAAAGCAAAUGGACAUCAAGAAUGGCCUUACAGAUAAUGAGAGAAUCCUCUUCCACGGGACAGAUGCAAACUCAGUGCCACACGUUAAUCAGCAUGGCUUUAACCGCAGUCAUGCUGGGAAGAACGCUGUGGCAUAUGGAAAAGGAACCUAUUUUGCUGUUGAUGCCAGUUUUUCUGCUAAUGAUAAAUACUCCAGACCAGACAGCAACGGGAGGAAGCAUAUUUAUGUCGUACGAGUACUUACAGGACUCUACACACUUGGACGUGAAGGAUUAAUUACCCCUCCAUCAAAGAACCCUUACGAUCACACAGAUCUGUUUGACUCUGUCACAGAUGAUAUACAACAUCCAAAGCUAUUUGUGGUAUUCUUUGAUAAUCAAGCUUACCCAGAAUAUCUCAUAACUUUCAGAUGUUAAAAAAAUAGAGUUUUUAAAAAAAUCUCUAAGAGGUGAUUUAGUCAUGGAAUUUUUGCCUUUGCCUUUGGCUUGUUUACACAGAUAAAAAUCUCUGGUAGGUGCUGAAAUGCUAAAACAAAAUCCUUUCAAAAUGCUUUAUUGCAAUUUGUAGCUUUCUUAUAACUUUCUUCUGAGCAUAUGGAUGGGUAGAGCUGAGAAAUGUAAAUGACACAAUUAUAGCUGCAACUAUAGAUAUCAAAUCCAUAGGAGAACAAAGAACACACUUCUUUUUUCUAUUGGAAAAGAAAGAAGAGGAACCAGAAGUCCUCGGUUCCUCUCUGUAUAGGCCUCGCAACAGGCUGCUUUAGCGUCCUCAUGACAUGGCAUCUGGCUUACGCCACAAUGAACAAUUCAGGAAAGAGAAGGCAGAAGCCAUAAUGUCUUUUAUGACCUAGCCUCUGAAGUCAUACUCCAUCCUUUCCACAAUGUCCUACUGGUUACAUGAAUCAGCUUAUCCAAUGUGAGAGGGAAUUAAAUAAGGCAGAGACACUAGUAGGCAAGGAUCACUGGGAACCAUUUGGGAGGCCUUAUGAAUGAGUGAAUGAAUGAUAAAUUGAUAAAAUGUUAGCAGUGAAAAGGCUGCUAGAGAUCGUCUAGUCCCACUGUCUCCUCAUCUUUCUCCCCCAACAACCCCUCACCCCUAGGGCAAAAAGCUCUCUUCCCUCUUCUUGACCACUUCCAGCACUCAGCGUCAUGAGGGAACUCGUUCCAUUGUGGGAUGGCUCUAAGUAUGAGAAAACUCUUGUUUACACUGAGUUGAAAUCUGUUCUUUUAUGUCUAUUAACGGCUGAUUACUGUCCUGCCUACACUGACACAGAACAUAUCUAAUUUUUUUUACAGAUGGUAGCUGUUCAGAUUUAUUCUUUAUAUUACAGUUAGGUAAAUUCCUAAAAUAUUUAGGAGCUUCUUUAGCCUGAAACAUUACAUUUUAAGAGUUGCAGACAUUUAAAAGUGUUUACAUAAUCGUAAAUAAAGCACUUGCACAAGAGUACAGAAAUAUAUGAAAAAAGAAUUCUCUCUUACCAAACUCCAUCAUCAAUAACUGCAAGACCCCCAGGAAACCAUUGUCAGUGUUCUCGUGUACUGCCUUCUAGUUUCUUCACUUAAUUUAAUUAAAAUCACACUUUAUUUGAUUACUAAUUAUACAACACUCUACAUUUUUCAUUUAACAUUACAAGUAUUUGUCUUAUGUUAAUAAUUUUUUUCUGUAAACAAUCUUAAUG